CCACAGCCCUGUCUGUAGUGUCUGUGGCUGUAGUGUUAUCACAGCCCUCUUCAUGGCACCACCUCAAGCUCCAACCAACAAUGCUACGACUCGAAAGGCCCGUAGAUAGCAGUCAUCGCUGACGUACGGGUACGGUCUAGUUUCUAUUGGGAUAGUGAUACCGUUCGAAGAGCAAUUCGUAUAAUGGAAAAUUUCCUCUUCUGCGAUUACGUGUAUACAGAUUGCUAGCACAUUGACAAUAUGUGCUUGUCGCGACCCGAACCCGAACGUGGAUCGUGGAUCGCGGAUCGCGCCGGUCGAGGAUCGGCACUCCCUAUAUCUGCGUGCCACUUAUUUAGGCAAUGCUUUAUCUGGAAGACAUGUCAAUUAAGGUCCAAGAUCAGAGAGAUAGGACAAGUCGUUCCAAACCCAAAACAACAUGCGAAGGGUAGCUUUUUCAUUAGGCAAGCACGGCAUUGCUGUAGGCACAGCCUAGAUCAUCGUCAUAUGCAAGGAAAUAACCAUUACGGGGUCUUCUCAUGUUGUCUUGCCAUACGGCCAUAAUCCAUCCCGUAUAUACGAUAUGGCCACCUUAAAUCCGUGAAUAGCAGCUACCUGAAAUACAUGAAGCCCCGGUCUUGGUUUGACGUUACACAUGGCAGUGCGGUUUGGGAAUUUCUCCAAACCACUAUCAACACCGUUUUGAAAACAGAAAUAUAACAGUGUGCAAUAUGGCUUCUGCACAUAUCUACGACUUGCCAGCAGAUGCAGUCUGGUUCAUAACCGGCUCAUCGUCAGGCAUAGGGAAGGCCCUUGCCCGGCAAAUAGCAUCUCACCCUACAAAUCGACUUGUAGCAACGGCGCGAAAUGUGUCUAAGCUAGCUGAGUUCCUAUCCCCAUCAGAGCGAGUGCACAUCAUUGAUCUCGAUGUGACUUUGGACAAUGCCAUUGAUGCAGCAGUUGGUUCCGCUCUAUCCAGAUUCGGUCGCAUUGACGUUGUGGUCAAUAAUGCGGGCUAUGGCUUGAUGGGAGACACCGAGUCGGCGCUGCAGCCCGAGGGCCAAGCUAAAGCCCGCAAGCAAAUCGAGACCAACUUAUGGGGAACUACAAGGCUUUCACUCCAUGCUGUUCGCGUCUUUCGUGACGAAAAUCCUAAAAGCGGCCGGCAGGGAGGUGUGGUCCUCAACGUGACGUCUCUAGGAGGCUUCGCCGGCUUCCCUGGUACUGCGUUCUAUCAUGCAGCCAAGUUCGGCGUUGAGGGUUUCACAGAAGGCAUAAGCAAGGAAGUCCGCCCUGAGUGGAACAUCCAUUUUUGCCUCAUCGAGCCAGGUGGUACCAGUACCAACUUCGCUGCUUCAGACAGCAUGGAUUGGUUUGAGCCUCAUCCCGCAUAUGCAGCAGCCGAUAGCCCCACGAGGAUCCUCGAAGGUUACGUCAAAAACCCGGAUAUGCAGAAGACCUGGACACCGGCUGACAGGGUCGCCAAUGCGAUGUACCAGGUAGUCGCGCUCGCUAAAUUCAAGCCCAUACCUAUCAGACUUCCUUUGACCGCAGGCGCGUGGAACGUUGUGAAGAACGAGGUCGCUGCUGUGGAUAAAGAGCUAGAAGAUGUCAAGGCCCUGAGUCUCUCAGUCGAGAUUGACGACGCGAAUAAGGCAGGGCAAUUCUUGAUGGACAACUACAGGUCGGGUUGAACGGACAUGUCACAAUCGGCGGUAAGAAUCUGUCGGGCUUCUAAGAAGGGCUGUGUAGGGUUUGACCAUAAACUAGACAACUUUACAUUAAUCGAAAUGGUUAGAAAUAUUAUAUGUACCAUUCACCAUUUUGUAGACAGCAGUUGGGCGUUUGAUAUAUGGAGAUUAAUAACUAUAUAGGAAAAUUCCAGGAAAUCGUACU